AUGGAGGAUUUGAAAGAAACAAAAAGUGAUGAAGUGUUGGGAGCGAUCAGGGAAUAUUUUACGAACGAAGAAUUGGACGACUUGCCAGUAGCAUUGACAAAAAAUUAUCUGGAAGAUUCUUUAAGUGGAGCUUUUCUCUGCCCUGAACCCGAUUUCAUGAAAAAUAAAAAAAAAUUAUUGGAAAAUAAUGCAGCUGACUUAGAUGAUGAGAAAUGCGUGAAACCUACAUCUGUAGCUCCCAAAAGAAAAAAGGUUAAAACUAUGCUGCCUGUAAAAAUAAGUCCAGAAAGAAUCGCACCUAAUAAAAAAUCUUUCAAAGGGGAACAGCCGCCUGAAGGGAGAUAUAUAUCCUCUCUUGAUGACAAUCCCGUACCGAUUGGUUUGAAGGAUCGAGCUAAGAAAACGGUCCCGAAAGGAAUUUUGGAAGUUCGUCCCUCCCAAAUUCACGGAUUUGGAGUUUUCGCUGUGAGAAAUUUGAAUAUUGGAGUUUGGUUGGGACCAUAUGAGGGAAGUGUCACUACAAUUGAUGCGGAGACCGGAUAUGCCUGGAAAUUGCGAAAUGGUAAAUUGGAAGUUCGUUCAGUUUUAGAUAUCCACAGAGGGAUCACAAUUUAUAUGGUUUUGUCCAAUCUGAUAUUCCGAGAGAAUUUGGAAGUAGAAUGA